CUGGAUGCGUUGACGCCCCCAUAGCCUCAAUUUCCUCAGCUUUCCCUCUGUCCUAGCUUGCCAGUCCCACUCUCGCCUCUCUUUUAUAAACAGACGUUCCUCAUUCACUCGCAGCGAUGGCUGCCAACUACAACUCCGUGCCUCCCACUUCUCCUUACGGGUCUGGAGACCCUUACUACAAUGAGUCCUCGGGAUAUAUAACACCCCAUAAUCCACCCAAGAAAAAGACCAGCGGCUGGAUUAAGUUUGGCAUACCAGUUGCUCUAAUUAUCAUCGCUGCUGCUGUGGUAGGUGGUGUCCUUGGUAGCCGUGCUGCCCGCAACAAGAGCAGCGCCUCUAGCGAUGCUGCGGCUGCCGCCUCCGCUUCUAGCGUGAAGAAAGAUAUUGGUAUCUUUGCCACAGGCACAGACAGUCUUUAUGGUCUGCCACUAUACCCUUCCACUACGAAUUCGGCUGCCUAUUCUUCUCCCACUUUCGUCUCCACAACGGAUUCAUCGCUCGCCUGGCCACAGGACUCUUUCCAGCCUUCAAAUCCGAGCAUCACUGCUGUUCGCCCUGACAGACCCCGUCUGAUUGCCCCCGCUUACAAGUGGGCGGCCCUCCCCAAUCUUAUUGCCAAUGACCCAUACAUGACGUUCUGGAACCAGACCAUCUUCAUGAACGCUACGAUUUGGUACAACGCUGACCCAGUACCGUACAUCUAUGAUGGAGGCAAUGGUAUCCUGGACCCUGCUCGUCAAGUCAAGCAGCGCAUCAAGGCAUUCUCGUACUGCUACCGCGUGACCAACGACACCAAGUGGCUUGAUAGAACUUGGGUUGAGCUGCAGAAUUCUGCCGGUAAUCUGACGGGUGGUUGGGGCCCCGACAACUCAACUAAAUGGAACCCCGUCCAUUUCCUUGAUACUGCCGAGUUGACCAAUGCAUAUGCCAUUGCCUAUGACUGGCUCUACGACUCUUGGUCCGAUGAUCAGAAGUCAGCCAUCAUGUGGACUAUGAUCACCUACGGCCUCAACGCUGGUGCUAUUGGUUAUUCCGACAACGACCCCAUGUACUACGGGUGGUGGACCACCAAUACGCAAGGCAACUGGAACUGUGUCUGCAAUGACGGCUUGACCCUGGGUUCCCUUGCUAUCCUCAACGACGACCCUACUGGUGUCGCUGAACAGCUUCUCGCUCAGACAAUUCCCAACGCCCUGGCCAACUGUGUUCAGGCGACUUCCAGCGACGGUACCUGGUCGGAAACGCCUGACUACUGGUACUUUGGUAGCACCGGUCACGCCGAACUUGCCGCCGGUGUUGUCUCCGCCACGGGCUCGGACCUUGGGCUGCUCUCGUCGAACCCGAACCUGUACCUGAGCGGCCUGUUCCACAUGUAUGUUACGGGACCCGGGUCGCUGUUCCACUACGGCGACAACGGAGUGAACAGGUACACGGCCACGGCGAACGCGCUCAUGUACUACGGCCUGAUGUACGGCAAGCCCGAGUAUCAGCUGUUCCAGCGCGACCAGACGGAUGCCCCCGACCCUUGGAAUAUGUUCUGGUACAAUCCCACCGUGUCAGGCGCAUUCUGGGACGAUCUUCCUCUCGAUCAUUACUUCAGCAACAGCAUCGAUCAGUGGGCCUCGAUGAGAUCCAGCUGGGCCGACGAGAAUGCUCUGUACGUUGGUAUCAAGGCCGGCACUCUCCAGGGUCACCAAACUCACAACGAUCUCGACGUUGGCGACUUUGUGGUCGAUGCCUUGGGCACUCGCUGGUUCGGAGAGCUUGGAGACGAGAACUACCUGGUCCCUGGUUACUUUACCAGUGACGCUCAGGAUGCUCAGCGGUGGUUGUACUACCGCAAGCGUACCGAGGGCCAGAACACUAUUAUGAUUGACGCGGGGAACCAGAAUGUCGAGGCAGCUCCGACGGUGACGUUUGACACCACCAACACCACGCAGGGCUCUACCACUGUCGCGGACAUUUCCAGCGAUUCGACUGCUUACUUUGUUGGUGACCUUACGAGCGCCUACUUCAACACGACAUCUUUGAAGCGUGGUAUUCGGAUGAUCAACGGACGUAAGCAGGUGCUCGUGCAGGACGAGAUCAAUGCGCAAGCUUCGGUGAUGUGGCGCGCUCACACCAACGCCACGGUCACCCUCUCGAACAACAACCAAACUGCGACUCUGCAAAUCGGAGACGCGCAGAUGGUCGUCGAGCUGCAGAACGCGCCCUCUGGUGCCGCGUUCUCCACGAUGGCGGCCGUUCGUCUGCCCACAGACCCGCCUCUCCCGGCUGGCGGCUCGGACUUGCCGAACGACGGAGUGACGGUGCUUGCUAUUAGUCUGCCGGAGGGUUCGUACACGCUGGAGGUGUUGAUGAGUCCGCAGUGGCCUGGGAUGUCGUCGAGCUCGUAUGCGAGCCCUAGCUCUGUGGCGCUGGACAGCUGGUCGUUGACGAGCCACCCUUGAACUUCAUCCAACUUCUUGCUAUUCGACUUGAAUUUCUUUCUACUAUACUGGAACAUGGAUUCUUUUUAUACGGUUCUGUUUUCGACGAUUAGCGGACGUUGUGUUGCUUGUUUUAGGAUAGCAUAGCUAAUGAGCUGUAGUGGAGCGAUGCGACGAUGUGAAUUGAUGAGUGCG